AUGUUAUUUAUUAAAUCAUUAAUUCGUUCAAUUAUUGCAUCACCGAAAAAUCAAUAUUAUGAUUCAUCAACAAAUUUAAAACUUGAUUUAUCUUAUAUUACUCCACAAUUAAUAGUAACAUCAGCACCUGUAACAAAUUAUAUUGAAUCAUGGUAUCGUUAUCCUUUAAAUGAUUUAUUACAAUUUUUAAAUUCUAAUUAUGGAUCAAAUUGGCAUAUUUUCAAUUUUCGAGGUGAAUCUCCUGGAUAUGAUGAUUCAUUAGUAUAUCGAAAAGUUAGUCAUUAUCCAUUUCCCGAUCAUUAUCCACCCACUAUGAAUAUUAUAAUUAAUUGUAUUGAUGAAAUUGAUAAUUUAUUACAAGUUUUCGGCGAUAAGACUAAUGUUGUUGCUGUGUUACAUUGUAAAGCAGGCAAAGGUAGAUCAGGAACUUUAUGUUGUGCAUAUUUGAUCUAUCAAAAAUAUCAUAAAUAUCAUCAGUCUCAUAGCAACAAAUCAUUCACUCUAGAGGAUAUUUUAUUGAUUUAUACAACUAAGAGAAUGAAUUAUUUAAUUGGAGGAGAAGGUAUAUCAAUAAUAUCUCAAAAAAGAUAUCUUCAAUAUUGGUAUGAUUAUAUUCAUAAUAAACAAUUACGUGAAUCAUAUAUAAAUUGGUUAAAUAUUAUGAAAUUUAUAAAUUUAAAAAUCAUUCGAAUAGGUGGAUUGAAAUUAUCUAAUAUUGAUUAUUUAAAUAUAUCAAUUCUGACAUAUAUUACAAAAAUAGAAACUGACACUAGUGGUAAUAGUAAUAAUAGAUCAAAUACAAUUGUUAAAGAAUUAAUACAAUUAACAAAUGAGAAUUGUGAUAUUGAUAACCAUGAUGAUGGCCACGAUGAUUAUUGGAUAACUUAUAAUAUUCAUGAUUUGAAGAUUUUCCAAUUGGAAGAUAUAAUGAUUGGAAUUCAAUCAUGGAGUUAUAUUUGGUUUAAUAUUUUCUUUGAAUCAUUUAAAUCAAAUGGUCAUGGUCAUGGUCAUCACAAUAAUAAUAAGGUUUUAUUCAAUUGGGAUGAUGAUAUAGAUGGAUUUAAAGGAUUUAAACAAAAGGGAAUAAAAUUAUUUAAUGAAAUAGAAUUACAAUGGGAUGUUAUCAUCACCACCAAAAGUACAGAUAUAUAUGCUAAUUAG